AUGGGGAUUUCUUAUUCACUAAAAAUUAGCUACAUAAUUAAACUUUAUUUGUUAACUUUAUUAGUAAUAUUACUCAAUAACUUAGCUUUCGAUAAUAAUUAUAAGACAAAUGGAAAUAUUUCACCAAAUAGCUCCAGUUUUCUUGGCCUGGAAAACUACUCCCAAAAUAACUCAAUUCUUCCACAAAGCUUUUUAAAUCUAUCUCUUAGUAGCAAUACACCUGGAAAAAAAUCUAGAAAAAAAGGUUCCACAAAAUCAAAAUCUAAAAGUAGCAAUGGAGAUAGUAGCAAUCAGGCAGUUGAAAGUUUAGCUAAUAUGUUUGAACAAAUGACUAUUAGCAGUGGUGGUCUUUACAUUUUUGAAGUCGUGUGUUUAGAUUUGUUGACUUUGGCUGAAAGUUAUGGGCCACUUUUGGUUAGUUUAGCAGAGCUGCAUUCUUCAGUCGGAAACUUUAACCCACUUACUAGUUGUUUAGAACAGUUGGAUUUGAGGAGAGUGAACGCAGAAGUAGUACCACAAGCUCUACUUGAUGCUAUUGGUCAAGUCAGCAAGUUUUUAGAAUCUCAAAAAAGACUAGAGUCAAAAUUGGCAAAAAUGUUAGCAAAAUAUGUUUCUCUGGAAGAAUUGAUUCGUUCUCUUAUCGAAAAGUGCAUUCUGAGCACUUCUCAGACAUUAACAAUGGGUUCUUUGCGAUAUAAAUCUUUGUUUGGUUUAUCUGAAAAAGUUAACAAAAUGGAUAAUAAAGUUAAAUCAUUCAUUUUACAAUCUGGAGAAGCAUAUUCAAAGUUUUGCAACGAACAAUUCUUCAGUGAGAUGGAGGUAGCAAUUUCGGGUUCGCAAUAUAGUCAUACUGAAGAAUCUAUGGAUACAAAAUAG